AUGUGCAUCGCCUUGAUCUCAACUCUCCACCCGACCUAUUCCCUCAUCGUCAUUGACAAUCGAGAUGAAUUCCUUCACCGUCCGACUUCGUCUCCCGACUGGUGGCCGGAGCCAUCCUCGUUUGUCCUCGGCUCACGCGACCUAGCACGGGCUACCCACGGCACUUGGAUGGGGGUCACCAAACAAGGGAAAGUAGCAGUUCUUACCAACUACCGCGAAGACACAGCGAUCGAGGCUAUUGGGCAAUACAGUCGGGGCAGAAUCGUCAACAGCUGGUUGACCAGCCCCCCCAAGGAGCAUCAGACGACCCACGACUUUGUACAAUCUAUGGUGGCCAGCCCAGAGGCGAAACAAGUCGGCGGAUUUAGUCUGAUCUGUGGUCACAUCAAUGAACCACUGGCCAUUGUCUCUAACCGGUCUUCCAAUAUGGAUCACAUCACUUGGGUCGCUAGUGAGAGGAAUCAAACCCGAGGUCUCAGUAAUACUAGCGUGGAUGACCGAUCAUGGCCAAAGAUUAUCAAUGGGGAGAGACUUAUGCAAGAAGCCAUUGAAGGCCAUAUACAGGCCCAAGAAGACGAAGAAGCCUUAUUGGAGCGCCUUCUCGCGGUACUGAGUACCGACACCAUGCCCCAGCUCCCUGGCGUGAAGAAAACACUCGACAAUUACGUCAAUGUUCUCCGAGAUAGUAUUUUCGUCCCUGUGAUUAGGUCGGACGAAACCCCAGAUCAGACUGCAGAACAAGAGGCUGCCGCCCGCGGACCCCUUGAUCAAAACUAUUCUUCGGGUCCAUAUGGAACACAGAAACAAACGAUCCUCUUGGCGCGGCCCGAUGGCCGUGUGAGAUACUUCGAGCGAACUCUCUACGAUGACAAGGUGAAUGCCGUACCUAUCGGACAGGGCGACCGGUCCUUCGAAUUUCACGUGGAACCAUAG